GGGAUCAUGGCCGAGAAGCUACGAGGAGCGCAUCAGGUGGACAUCGACCCAGACUUCGAGCCGCAGAGCCGGCCGCGCUCUUGCACCUGGCCGCUACCGCAACCCGACUUUGCAGGCGGCGGCGAGGAAGAGGAUGGGGCGGCCGGGCCCGGUGGUGGCGGCGGCGGCGGCACUGAGAGCACCGAGAACGGAGGGGCUGGGGCGGGCAUUGGGGAGCGCAAAGCGGUGGUGGUGGCUGGGGCCCCCGCUCCCGGGACGGCGGCUCUACCGGUGCUGGGUGGGGACGCUGGACAGCUCCGUAAGGCUAAAACCUCUCGGCGAAAUGCCUGGGGCAACCUGUCCUACGCUGACCUCAUCACCAAAGCCAUUGAGAGCGCCCCGGACAAGCGGCUCACGCUCUCCCAGAUCUAUGACUGGAUGGUUCGAUACGUGCCCUAUUUCAAGGAUAAGGGUGACAGUAACAGCUCUGCUGGCUGGAAGAACUCCAUUCGGCACAACCUGUCUCUGCACACUCGUUUUAUCCGCGUCCAGAAUGAGGGCACAGGCAAGAGUUCUUGGUGGAUGCUGAACCCCGAGGGUGGCAAGACGGGCAAGACGCCCCGACGCCGGGCUGUGUCUAUGGACAACGCCAGCAAGUUUCUGCGCAUCAAGGGUAAGGCCAGCAAGAAGAAGCAGAUUCAGGCGGUUGGGCCGGAGCGGGGGCCCCACAGCCCCCCGGGAGCCCCCCCACCCGCCGCGAAGUGGUCCUCCAGCCCCACCUCGCACGGCCCCGGCCCCGGCCCAGCCGGCAACGACGACUUCGAGCCCUGGACUGACUUCCGGGGUCGGCCCCCGCCUCCCCCGCCGCCAGGCCUGGGCUCGCGCAUCUCCCCACUGCUGGCGGGCGGGGGGCAGCCGGACGAGCUGGAGGAUGAGGAAGCGACCCCUUCCUCUCCGCUCAUGUACCCCAGCCCCUCGAGCGCGCUGUCCCCGGCUCUGGGGGCCCGCUGCUCAGUGGAGCUGCCCCGCCUCACCGACCUGGCCGGGCCUCUCAGCCUCCACGAGCCGGGCCUGGCCGACAGCCUCCUGGACGACCUCCGGGACAGUUACGGUUUGAGCCCACCGCCCCCGCCCCACCCCGGCUUACGGGCUCGCGUCCCCCCGGCCCACGGCUACGCCUUCAGUGCCAAGUGCGGGGGGGCGGCUGGCGGCGGCGGCGGCCUGGGGGGCUCCUACUGUGGGACCAUCUACAGCCAGCCGGCCUUGGGCCCGCUGCGCCGCCUGCCCAUGCAGACCAUCCAGGAGAACAAGCAGGCGGCCUUCGCCCCCUUCCGGCCCGGCCCCCUGCAGGGCCUGCUGGGCUCCCCCGCCGGGCCGCCGCCGCUGCCCCCCGCCAGGCCGCACAGAUCGGGCUCCCUCCUGGGUGGGGGCCCUGGGGAGCUGGGACUCCCGGCGGCGGCGGUGUACCCGGCCCACGGCCACCCCCCGCCCAGCCACAGUGCCUUAGCUCACCCCAUCAGCCUUAUGACGCUGCCUGGCGACGCCUGCGGUCUCGGAGGACUGGCCCCCCCGGGCCACCCGGCCCCGUACGGGAGUGGGGGCGGGCCGGCGGGGCCCCCGGGCCUGCUGGAGGCGGCGCUGCAGGGCCCGUACGCGGCAGGCGCCGGGGGCCACGUGCCGCUGGCCGGCCAGGACCGCUUCCCUGCUGACCUUGACCUGGACAUGUUCAGCGGCAGCCUGGAGUGUGACGUGGAGUCCAUCAUCCUCAACGACUUCAUGGACAGCGACGAGAUGGACUUCAACUUCGACUCGGCUCUGCCCCCGCCGCCCAGCGGCCUGGCUGUGGCCGCCCUGCCCAGCGGGCCCCCGCCGCCCAACCAGAGCUGGGUGCCCGGCUGAAGGCGGCCCCGGGGAAGGGGGCUCCCGGGAACAGAGCAGGAGCCGGCCCCUCCCUCCUGGGCCCCGCGUCUCACCACCCGGACUGCGACAGCUCCGGGAAGGGCCUGCCGGGCUGGGCUGGGCUUGGGAGACUCUGUCUUGCUGCUGCCAUUGGGAGGAGAGGGGCCUAGCUCAGCUUCCCCAGCUCCCCUGCACACCCCUCAAGGACCCCUGUCUCUUCCCUGCUGCCAGACCCCCCCAGCCCUGACAAGGGAACGCUCGGUCCAAGCCCUAGGGCCCGAUGCUUGGGUCCUAGAGAGCCAGACCACAAGAGGCUGCAGGCAGGAGGGAGGGCCCGAGGCCCCGGGGUCCCAGGCCCCCGCCUCCCCCUCGCCCACGCCCUCAGCCUCACCCCCAACGGGCCCGUCUUGUGCCGCUGUGCAGUACAGUGGGAUUGUCAUGUCUGCUUUGUGUGGUGAUAAGCGUUGUGUUCCCCCUUGGGUCAGGAAAGGCUGAAGAGGCUGGCGGGCCGGGAGAAAGGAGGGGCUGGGGAGCAAACCCUGGAGGCUGGCAGCCUGUGCCCCUCAGGGAGCUCCCCUACUUCGUGGGUCCCUCCCCAAGCCACCCCCCGUGGCCGGCCCCUCUGCCCGCUCACACUCAGCUCUCCCUCGGCUAGUCCUGCCAGGCCCUCCUCCAAAACGCCCCUUCCCCAACUCCCCUCAACACCAACCCUCCCCCAUAUUUAUAAGUGUCCAGUCUGGGUCUGGGGGGGAGGGUGGGCGCGGUCGUUCCCCGCGCAAAUAUCGUAGGCAGUGUACCGUGGCCGUGCCGUUAGCGUGUGUGUGCGUGUGCGUGUGUAUCAUGUAAAGGCCGUGUAUAGUGCAUUGUACAGCAUAUUUUCAUGAAUAAAAUUGUUUUAAAUAUU